GAUCAGCUGCUGGUGAGAGCUUCAUUUGUCUGCUCAAAGCUUUGCAAUAGUUAUCAUGCAACUGAGACGUGUGGAAGCUGCAGUCAUACUCGUGAUUAUUGUUCCUCAGAUUUCAUCUCUGGCUUCUGACUGUUUGGCUGCUGUGGAAACCUGCAUGUCAGAUUUGUGCAAGAGUGAACAGGCAUUUUACGGUGGCAUCUGUGAGGAUGGAGGAUGCCAAAUAACAGGCUCAGAGGUCUGUAACAUUACCAUCCCAGCCAUACUGUACCAAUUUCCUUCCCUGCGAGGGUGCGUGUGUGCCUGGGAGGGGGAGCUUUGUGACUCUAUGCAAGUACUGGCCACACAAUGCCACCAGAAGCCAGCAGUUCAGCUGAAGAGGAGUGCAGUAAUGGAUUGGCAGUCAAGCGGUUUAUUAAAUUAUGAAUAUGAUAGCGCCGGAUCCUGUGUGGACCAAGUUGGGGUUUGUGUCAGUGAUUCAGUUUGCAACAGGUACCUUGCACCUGUGCUCCAAGCAUGUAAGUCAGAGCAUUGCAACAGCAAACACUGUCAGCGAGUGACUCAACAGUUCUAUGGGAACAUGCCGCAAAAAGUCGCGGAGAUGCUGGUCAUGUGCGAGUGUGACGCUUUGGAUCAGAACUGUCUGCAUAUAAAAACUGGUUUACACAGUGGCGCGUGUGGCGACGACACCUGGAUCUGCCAGCAUGUGCUUAACCAGUGCACUGAGGACAGUAACUGCAGAGGCUUAUUAAAAAGUUUCCAAGUCAACUGUUGGAGUGCUGAAGAAACCCAGUGCAUUGACAGUGACCUCCCAAGAGAUGAAUGUUUCACCCAGAUGGAUCCGGAGCUCAUUCUUGGCGCCGACUCUGAAUGUAAAAAGGCCUUUUUGGCUACUUUAGGAACAGUGCUUCACCAUCCUUGUACAUGUGAAGGACUCUACAAUGAUGAUCUGCUGACAUGCAGUAUGAUUCACAAUGCACUUCAUAACAGAUCACGCUUCGUAACAUCUUCAAAAAGCAUCAAUCAGCCCUCUAAACCUCCUCAGAGCAAUGAAUCCGAACAUGUUUAUGCAUGGUCACAAGAUUAUCUUCUGUAUGCUUUUGCAACCAUCCUGCUUGCUGGUGUUGUCAUAUUGAUGCCUCUGAUUAUUGUCAGUAAAAAAUGGAUGUCAAAAAGGAGAGAUAAAACAAAAUAUGACCAUCCACAGAAAAUCAAUUGUGUUGUUGUUCUCUGAUAUUUAUUCCUAUUUCCAUUUAAUUAAAUAACUGACAUUUUCUUUCUUUUUUUAAACUCAAAAAGAUUGCAGAUGAGUCUGAGUUUGCUGCAUACGCCACCAUCUCAUUUUUCAUCACUUCAAUAGGUUUUCUUUGCAGUGAGCUUUAUAAAAAAAACAAUGACAUUAAAUGAAAUGAGUACUUUCUGUAACCAUUUUUUGUCGUCUCCAAGGCCCACUUCAUUUUUCAAGGUAUUUGGCAGGUGAUUGAUGAGUUUGACGCGAGGGCUCUGUGGGAGUCACACAAUCUGUUCAAGGACUCUUUGUUCUUCUCACUGUAGUUCAGUAACUCUCUGGAACUCUGGCUGCAUGCUUGGAGUAAUUGUCAUACUGCCUAAUGGUGUUUACUUUAUUAAUAAGAAUCUAAAAAGUGUCUAAAGCUGUUGCACAAUCUUGCUUAUUGCAAUGAAACAUAGUUAUUGCAGCAUUGUGAGCUACUGUAUGAUUGUUUUUGUUUCUUGUCGUGCAUCCUUGUUCUUUGUAACCGAUGUCA